AUGCAUCUGCCGACCUUGCUUCCCAUCUCCCUUCUUUCUGGUCUUGCCCUGGCCCAGGGCGAUCUCGCCGGUUUGCUCCAGUCGCAGGACGAUCUCAGCACGUUGCUGGAGCUGGUCGGUCUCGUUGAUGGUCUGGCUGAGACGCUCGCAUCGUCCUCGAACAUAACCAUUUUUGCCCCGACGAACACGGCUUUCGACAACGUCCCCAUCGAGAUUCCCGAGGGCGAAGCCAUUGCCUACAAGAACGACACCAUUGCCAUUGGCGCCCUGCUCGCCAACCAUGUCUUCAAGGGUCUAUAUCCGGCCGAGGUCGUCACUGAUCUUCCGACCUUUGCCCAGACUCUGCUCGACAGCUCCUAUGUCAACUACCAGCAGCCGUUCUCUAACUUUACCGGCGGCCAGUACAACGGCCUCGUGAAGAACGGCGCCGACGUCUGUGUGCUGUCGGGAGAAGAGACCAUCUCUACUGUUACCGAAGCGGACAUCAAGCUUGGCAAUGGCAUCAUUAUCCACAAGAUUGACACGGUGCUGAGUUUUGGAGCCCCCUUUCAGCUCUUCACCGCCCGUGCCAAGCUCCUCGCCAUGAACGCCGCCGUCGAGGCGGCUCAACUCGGUCUGGCCUUUGGGGAGACUGAAGCCGACUCUCCGGCAGUCAACAUCUCUGAUUUCACCAUCUUCGUGCCCAAUGAUGCUGCGUUCGAGGCCAUCGGGUCUAUUCUGCAGGCUGCCGACCAAGAGACGUUGCAGGCGGUUCUGAGCCAUCACAUGAUUGAGAACAACGUCAUCUUUUCCACGGCCCUCGGGAACGUUACCGUGCCUUCUGCUCAGGGUAUCGACCUCACUUUCACCGUGCUGCCAGACGGAACAACCUGGGUCAACGGCGCCAAGAUCCUUCUUCCCAACGUCAUCCUCUUCAAUGGUGUUGCCCACAUCAUCGACAGCGUCCUGAACCUGGAAGUGUUUGACAGAAACACGCUCGCUCCGUCGGCCCCCGCCGCGGACCGCGUCGCCUUCCCCGAUGCCAGCCCCGUGUCCAAGCUGCCCUUCUCGAGCGUCUCGUUCGGAAACGAUCUUGCCACCUACACGACUCCGGCUCUGCUCAGCACCAUGGCUGCCGUCGCGACGCCGACGCCUGAGGGCGAGGCCACGUCCGGGGCGCCUGAGACGGUCCCGACUGCCGGUGCGGCGGGACAUGGUGCCGUGGGAGCUUUGGCCGUGGGCGCUGUGGCGGGCGUGUUUGCUGUCAUGCUUUAG